CCGUCCUUGGCAGUUGCGCGCGGAACUUCGAGCUGAACGGAGGUGUGUUUUUCGCGACUGAUCCUGAUUAUAUUUUUCACGAUUUUCAAAGAAGAAAUUAAUUCUUACCACCCUUCUCGGAAGAAAAACAAAUUCGUUUACUCCCCCACAUACUCCCUCAUACCCCCCCGAAGGCACCUCUUCUUUUGCGGAUAAAGGAAGUGCACACAUGAUAUGACUCAAUCUCAUGAGGUUCUGGCAAUGAUGGAUGCACACACAACAACAUUCGGACGAACGAAAGGAUGCACGAUUUCUCGUUGCGGUGCAUUCUUCGUUUGUACAGUAUUUCUUAUUUCUUUGGUGGUAACCGGACUAUUGGUUUAUCAUUAUGCACCCUGCCUCGAAGAAAAACAAACAAAAACGUGCGAAGAAGCGAAGGAUCCGUUUGGCGAAUCAUCAGCUAGGUCAUUUGCCGGUGAUACGACGAACAAAAAGAAAAUCGACGUCAGAUUACCGAAAUCGGUUAUACCGGAAUCAUACGAGUUACGACUCGUACCUUUCAUAUGGGAAGGAAACUUCACUUUCAACGGUGAGGUAACUAUUUUAGUAAACGUAACAGAAAAUACGAACAAUGUUACGCUUCAUGCUACCGACAUGAAAAUCGACGAAUCCCUUACAAGUAUAAGGGAAUUCUCUCAGUCCGGUAAUAAAACAAAACCGAUUACAAUCGUCGAGCAGAAAAACGACACAGAAAGGCAAUUCCAUGUGAUUAAAACGUCGGACACGUUGAAGGAGGGUAAGCAAUACGUGGUGCAUCUCAAGUUCGUUGGUCAUCUUAACGAUUACCUUCAAGGUUUCUACAGAAGCUCCUACACCGUCGGCAAUCAAACGAGAUGGAUUGCCACGACUCAGUUUCAAGCAACGGACGCUCGUCGUGCCUUUCCUUGCUUCGAUGAGCCAGCCAUGAAAGCUAAAUUCCAGAUUAGCAUAGGUCGGCCCAGAAAUAUGACAUCCAUUUCGAAUAUGCCGAGAAAAGGACAACCCGAGCCAAUGCCUAAUCUACCCACGUACGAAUGGGAUCAUUACGAGCAAUCCGUACCAAUGUCUACUUACUUGGUAGCUUUCAUAGUUUCCGACUUCGAAAUGCUAAAAUCGGAAUCUAGAAACUUCAGAGUUUGGGCACGCAAAGAAGCAAUUAACCAAUCUCACUACAGCUUGGAUAUCGGCCCGAAGAUACUCGAAUAUUACGAGGAUUAUUUUAAAAUAAAGUUUCCCCUACCGAAAAUGGAUAUGGUUGCGUUACCUGAUUUUUCGGCUGGUGCUAUGGAGAACUGGGGAUUGAUCACUUACAGAGAAACGGCUAUGUUGUAUCAAGAACGAGUGUCAACCAGUAGCAAUUUGCAAAGAGUAGCUACAGUGGUAGCUCAUGAAUUGGCUCAUCAAUGGUUUGGAAAUUUGGUGACACCAAGUUGGUGGUCGGAUUUGUGGCUGAACGAAGGUUUCGCCAGUUACGUGGAAUACAUCGGAAUGAACGCGGUAGAACCGUCGUGGAAGGUUUUGGAACAAUUUGUGGUUAACGAUGUGCAAUCGGUCUUUGGAUUAGAUGCUUUACAAUCAUCGCACCCUAUAUCGAUAGAGGUUGGACAUCCCGAUGAGAUUAGUGAAAUUUUCGAUAGAAUUUCUUACGAAAAAGGUGCUUCUAUCCUAAGGAUGAUGGAUCAUUUUCUAACGACGGAUGUUUUCAAACGAGGACUCACAAAUUAUUUGACAGAAAAAGCAUACCAAAGUGCCGAACAAAACGAUUUAUGGAACGCGCUUACGAAACAAGCGCAUAAAGAUAAGGUCUUGGAUCCCUCUAUUACGGUCCAACAAAUUAUGGAUACGUGGACCCUUCAAACUGGUUUCCCUGUUGUUACCGUAACACGAAAUUAUCUUAAUGGUGCUGCCACUCUAACUCAGGAACGUUUCAUGCUCCAAAAUAGUUCUAUGAUUACUAUGAUUGGGCCCGAACCACUUUGGUGGAUUCCUAUUACGUACACGAACGAACAAGAAUUAAAUUUCAAUCGGACUCAGCCUAACUAUUGGAUGAAAGCAGAACCUUUGGUUAAUUUGCCGAGUUUAAAUGCUACCGCACAUCAAUGGGUUAUUUUCAACGUCCUUGAAACUGGUUACUAUCGAGUCAAUUACGAUAGAGGUAACUGGCAAUUAAUUAUAAAACAGUUAAACAAGGAUAACUUCAGGGACAUAUCGACGAUCAAUAGAGCUCAGUUGAUCGAUGAUGCUCUUAAUUUGGCCAGAGCAGGUAGACUAGAUUACUCGAUCGCUUUAGACGUCACAUCUUAUUUGGCACACGAAACCGAAUAUUUGCCAUGGAAAUCUGCUCUAACUGCAUUGAAUUAUUUAGACGAUAUGUUAAUAAUGCUACCUGGUUACGAUAAAUUUAGGAUUUACACUUUGAAGCUCUUGGAUAAUGUGUACAAGCAAGUUGGGUUUUCGGACAAGCCUGGGGAUCCACAAUUAACAGUAUUUACAAGAAUCGACGUUCUUAAUUGGGCAUGUACUUUUGGCCACGAAGAUUGCGUUGGUAAUGCAGCUAAUCAAUUCUACAAUUGGCGAAAAACGCCAGAUCCUGAUACGAAUAAUCCAAUUUCACCAAACCUGAAGAGUGUGGUCUACUGUACCGCUAUUCGGGCGGGUAGUCAAGUCGAGUGGGACUUUGCUUGGCAAAGAUACUUAAAUACCAAUGUGGGCUCGGAGAAGGACUUGCUUUUACAGGCGCUUGGUUGUAGUCGAGAAGUUUGGAUCUUAAGUAGAUACUUAGAUUGGGCAGUUACUGAGAACUCUGGUAUCAGAAAGCAAGACGCGACGAGAGUCUUCGGAUCCGUCGCUAGAAACGUUAUCGGUCAUCCUUUGGCAUUCAAUUAUCUCAGGAACAAAUGGAGUCGUCUACUAGAAUAUUUCGGUACUUCAUUACUUUUGAUGAACAAUAUCAUUAAAUCAGCGACCAGGGGUAUCAACACUAAGUAUGAACUCAAGGAUUUAUACGAUUUCAUAGCGGAGAACAAAAACGAACUUGGUAGUGCAACUAGAACCGUCAAGCAAGCUGUAGAGCAGGCUGAAGCGAAUAUACGAUGGUUAGACAAUAAUUACGCGACUAUUCGCGAUUGGUUGCUAAGAAACACGGCGUAAUCCGAAUCAAAUGAUUACUAUAGGUAUAUCUUGAUCAUUGUUCAAUCCCGCGUUUAAAAUAGCGGAUUCUCGUGGUACGCCAUUUAAUCUUAAAAGUCGUAAUACGUUUUAAACAUCUUUGCAACUAGCAUCUCUUUUACUCUGGUUAAGCAUAUGUUAAUAAAGAAAGAAAAUUUGUGCCGAACUUAAUGUUUAAAUAAGUUCGCAAGAGAGUAUAAUAUUUAAGCGUUUUUAUAUGUAUCUGUAAAUAUGUGCGCGACAUUAAUAUGUGUAUUAUACGAAUAAUAUUUAGAAUAUACGUCAAUGAUAUGAAAGAGGCUGAUGAUUUAUGGAUAAUCGUGAAUAAUAUAAUGUGAAAUAAAUAAUAAAACAAUGAGUGAUUGUUGAGAAAACAAAUA